AAGCUCCACCAUGCCUGUGCAGACUGGGGCUUCUUCCAGUUGAUAAAUCACGGAGUUCCCGAUCAAGUGAUGGAGAAGAUGAAGGCUGAUAUAGUAGAAUUCUUUAAGCUUCCCUUGGAAGAGAAGAAGGCAUUUGCGCGGUUGCCGAACAGCUUGGAAGGUUACGGCCAAGCCUUCGUCGUGUCUGACGACCAACAGCUGGACUGGGCGGACAUGCUGACCCUCAUAACUCGACCACUGCAGUCGAGGAACAUCGAUCUCUGGCCCGCUCAACCUCUCACUUUCAGAGACUCUCUCUCUUGCUACUCCAUGGAGCUGAAGAGCGUGGCAGGAACUUUGCUGGAGGUGAUGGCGAAGAAUCUGGGGGUCGCACCGGAGGAGUUCUCUACUAUAUUUCAGGACCAAACGCAGGCAGUGAGGAUCAACUAUUAUCCCCCAUGUCCAAGAGCUGACGAGGUGUUGGGCCUCUCGCCACACACGGACGGCAGCGGCUUGACGUUGCUCCUACAGGUGAACGACGUUGAAGGACUCCAAAUCAGGAAGGGAGGGAAUUGGUUCCCGGUGAAGCAACUCCCCGGCGCUCUCAUCGCUAACAUCGGUGAUAUCAUCGAGAUAUUGAGCAACGGUGUGUACAAAAGCAUCGAGCAUCGAACGAUAAUAAACGCCAAGGAGAAGCGCCUCUCGAUCGCUACCUUUCAUGGGCCAAUAGAAUAUUCGGUGAUUGGUCCUCUUGCAGAGAUUGUGAAGGGGUGCAAGCCGAAGUACGUGUCGAUGAGCUUUGGAAAAUUCAUGAAAGCUUACUUCUCCGCUGAACUGAAAGGGAAGAGGUUUAUGAAAAACCUCAAGCUAUAGAAGCCUCUAAUGGUAGAAACUUUAUGG